AUGCCUUAUUUGAUGAAAAUACUUGCUUUACUUCUGUGUCUGUCCAUCACCACCGGGGAGUGCCGGAAGCAGGGGAACCGCGUGCGGAGAUGGACCGGCACCGUGGAGACCCUGAAGCAUGGCACCGCCUUGUCAAAAAAGCCUCCCGAUGUGACCAAGUCUCGAAAACCGAAGACAGAGCAUCUCCUGAAAGUAGAUGAUCAUGAUUUCACCAUGAGGCCAGCGUUUGGAGGCCCAGCCAUCCCUGUUGGAGUGGACGUACAAGUGGAGAGCCUGGACAGUAUCUCUGAAGUUGAUAUGGACUUCACCAUGACCCUGUACCUGAGGCAUUACUGGAAGGAUGAGCGUCUGUCCUUCAUCAGUAGCACCAACAAAAGCAUGACAUUCGAUGGGCGUCUGGUGAAGAAAAUAUGGGUGCCGGACGUCUUCUUUGUGCACUCCAAGAGGUCCUUCAUCCAUGACACCACCACUGACAACAUCAUGCUCCGUGUGUUUCCAGAUGGACACGUCCUCUACAGUCUGAGGGUGACGGUGACAGCAGCAUGUAAUAUGGACUUCAGUCGAUUUCCUCUGGAUUCCCAGACCUGCUCGCUGGAGCUAGAGAGCUAUGCGUACACGGACGAGGACCUGAUGCUGUACUGGAAGAGCGGCGACGAGUCCCUGAGUACGGACGACCGCAUCUCCUUAUCCCAGUUCCUCAUCCAGAAGUUCCACACUACCUCUCGCCUGGCCUUCUACAGCAGUACAGGCUGGUACAACCGUUUGUACAUCAACUUCACACUGAGACGGCACAUUUUCUUCUUCCUGCUGCAAACGUACUUCCCCGCCACGCUCAUGGUGAUGCUGUCAUGGGUGUCGUUCUGGAUCGACCGCCGGGCCGUUCCUGCCAGAGUCUCCCUGGGCAUCACAACGGUGCUGACCAUGUCCACCAUCAUCACUGGUGUCAACGCCUCCAUGCCGCGGGUGUCCUACAUCAAGGCUGUGGACAUCUAUCUGUGGGUCAGCUUCGUUUUUGUCUUCUUGUCAGUGUUGGAAUAUGCUGCCGUCAACUACCUGUCCACCGUCCAAGACCGCCGUGAGCGCAAGAUGAGAGAGCGGGCCAGGUCGCAGUCACUGCCCUGUACCUGUGGCAUGUCCCAGACGCGUACCAUGACCAUGCUGGACGGCACCUACAGCGAGGCUGACACCAACAGCCUGGCCGGCUACACCGAGGACCCCAUGGUGCCGGAAGAGGACCAGGAGGAGAUGCAUGGAGUCCCAGAAAAACCUGAACACAUGGUGGUGCACCUUUCGGUGAGCAGCGAGUCGACCACCACCAAGAAAAAGAAGAGCAUACGUGCCCUCAACAUCAUCCAGAACACACAUGCCAUUGACAAGUACUCGAGGAUGAUUUUCCCCGGCUCGUACAUCUUCUUCAACCUCAUCUACUGGUCCGUCUACUGCUGA